UAUUGUUUGUUGUCACUCUGCUGGCUGACUGGCUGGUUGGUCGAUUGGUCGGUUGGUUGGCUAGUCGAUCGUUUAGGGGCAGCUAAAACAGUUAAAAUGUUGUCGAUACACUUGCGCUUCGCCAGUUCAGUCGUCGCGAGGAAUUGAAAUGAGAAGGAUCGGUUAAGUACGGUGAUUCAAAAGUGUAUUGGACAGAAUUUGAAGUGUAAAAGUUGGAAAUUUUUAACGGAAAUUGUUGGAGGCUUACCUCUGUAUAUCUUAAAGAGUGUAACAACUAAUUAAAUUAAUUAUUUUGCACAACUCACUGCAGAACUAAAAAGUCAAAUCCACCUGCAAACUGCAAACACAACACUCGUACAAAUAUAAAACGAUAGAAAAAAUACAAAAGCACAAAAUGCAAUACCCAGUCGGCCGCCAACGUCGCUCGAUUGGCCCCUUCUAUUUGUUGUCAAUACUCGUCCUAUUGCCGGCAUUGCUCAAUCCGCAACAUCACGUGGCUGCGAUUACGACAAUUAACUCGGAAGUAGUGAGCACAGAGCAACAACGACCACAACAGCAACCAACACAACCCACGCCACAACAACAGCAGCAACAAAGCGAAAAGCAACAAAGUCAACAGCAAAGCAACACAAAGCCAAACAUAAUUAUCAUUUUGAUAGAUGAUAUGGGCUUUAACGAUGUCAGCUUUCAUGGCUCGAAUCAAAUAUUAACACCGAACAUUGAUGCGCUCGCCUACAAUGGCAUCAUAUUGAAUCGUCACUAUGUGCCCAAUUUGUGUACUCCGUCGCGUGCGUCGUUGCUCACCGGCAAAUAUCCAAUACAUACAGGUAUGCAACACUCCGUCAUCAUUAACGAUCAGCCGUGGGGGCUGCCAAUUGGCGAACGUCUGCUGCCCGAAAUACUACACGAUGCCGGUUAUGCAACAAAUUUAAUAGGUAAAUGGCAUUUGGGUUUCUGGCGCAAAGAAUUGACGCCUACAUUGCGCGGUUUCGAUCAUCAUUUCGGCUACUAUUCCGGCUACAUUGAUUACUACAAUCACACAAUGCAUAUGCUGGACCGCAAUUACUCGGCCGGCUUGGAUUUCCGUCGCGACUUGUCGCCAUGGCCUGAGGCUGAUGGCCUUUAUGCAACUGAUGUUUUCACACAGGAAGCGGAGCGCGUUAUCUACCAACAUGAUGCGGCGGCAAAGCCUUUGUUUCUGCUAAUGAGCCACUUGGCUGUGCACACCGGUAAUGAGAAUAAUCCAAUGCAGGCGCCUGAAGAGGAGUUGGAGAAAUUUUCGCACAUCAGUGAUGUGAAGAGGCGCACUUAUGCAGGCAUGAUCUCCCGCCUGGAUGACAGCGUUGGCCGCGUAAUACGUGCGCUCUCCAACAAAGCUAUGCUUAACAACUCAAUCGUACUGCUAUACUCAGACAAUGGUGCACCCACUGUGGGUAUACACUCGAAUGCUGGCUCCAAUCAUCCCUUCCGCGGCCAAAAGGAGUCACCUUGGGAAGGCGGCAUACGCUCCGCUGGUCUGAUUUGGAGCCCACUGUUGCAGCAACAGAGCUACGUUUCCAAUCAAGUAGUGCACGCCAUCGAUUGGCUACCCACAUUAACGAGCGCUGCUGGCAUUGAACUACCGUCAAAAAUGAAACUCGAUGGCGUUAAUUUAUGGCGCGUGCUCAGCGAAAAUGGUGCAGCACAACCGCGACGCCUGAUUCACGUGCUGGACGACAACGUCGGCUAUAGCGCUUUCACACGUGGCACCCUAAAGUAUGUGAAUGGCACGAGCUUCAAUGGUCUCUACGAUGGCUGGUUGGGUGACUUACCAACGGCAGAGCAGGACCCCACCGCGCCAUAUUAUGUUCAGCAGGUGCUAUCCUCAGAGGUACACCACGUGCUGGGUAAUGAGGAGCUCAGCGUGGAACAAGUGGAACGAUUGCGUGCACAAGCAACGCAUGAAUGCCCCAACAACGAGGAGAAUUACACACAGGCUGUGUAUCGUUGUGAGCCGUUAUUGGAGCCAUGUUUCUUCGAUAUCGAAAAGGAUCCUUGCGAGCGUUAUAAUUUAGCCAAACUGUAUCCGCUACAGGUACAGCUGUUGGCACAGGAGGUGGAACAGUUUAGGGAGAGCGCAGUGGAGAGUGCGCGUCGGGAUUACAGUGAUCCGCGCUGUGAUCCUGCCCUACAUGGCGGCGUUUGGGAAUGGUGGGCAGAGACGUCGGCUGCGAACGGACGAUGCCAUAUGCACAUGGCGUUCGGAUUGGUAACAGCAGCGGUCAAUGUGAUAUGUGCGCUUGUGUGGCGUGUCGCUCAGUUUGAAUUUUAAUCAGCGGAAAAGCGGAUUUUUAUUGCAUUUAAUUAUUUGAUUUAAAAUUUUUUAAUUUUAAGAAAAAAUAUUUGUUAAAGUACUUACUUAGUAACUGCCAUACAAAAUUGAAUAAAUUAU